AGAAAAACCGCAGGCAAGGGGUGAGCGGGCCGAGGCUUCAUCUCGUGUCGCUAUGCCUUCUUCGCCCUCUCCGUCCUCGCUCGCUCCGCUUCCUCCGCGGCUGGACUCGUGCUCAAAAUCGCAAAUCCCAAGGCCCGCCACUCCCCACUAGGCCACCACUAGGGUUUUCGGAUUAGGUUUCUAGAACAUUCCGCCGCCGCCUCAUGCACGCGCCGCCGCUAGUCGCGCUCGCCGGGGGCGCCUGCCCCCCCGCCGCCGCCUCCUCGUCGACGCCGCCCUGGCUGGCCUCGCCCCGGGCCGCCAUCCUCCUCGCCGCGCCGGCGAGGCUCCUGCGGUCCCGCCGCGGGGCGCUCCGGCUGGAAGCCAAGGCAGCGUGGAGGGCGGCCGGAGGCGGGCGGGGCCCGCGGGUCCCGGCCAAGGGCGCCGUGCUCGCCUCCUACACGGGCGCCGAGGAGGUGGUGGGACCGUCGCCGCUGGUCGACGAGGAAGAGCUCAGUUUGCACAUCAGAAAGGAAGUGGAGGAGGGAAAUCUGCCUGCAGAUGUUGCUAGCGCCCUGGAGGAGCUGUAUUACAAUUACAAGAAUGCUGUCCUGCAGAAUGGAGAUCCUAAUGCACAUGAUAUCAUGCUUUCAAAUAUGACGGCUUUGUUUGAUCGUGUUCUGCUGGAUGUACAGAAUCCAUUUACCUUUCCACCUUAUCACAAAGCUAUCCGAGAACCGUUCGACUAUUACAUGUUUGGUCAGAAUUACAUCAGACCACUGGUAGAUUUUAGGAACUCCUAUGUUGGCAACAUUUCCAUUUUUCAUGACAUGGAAGAGAAGCUCCGCCAGGGCCACAAUGUUGUUUUGAUGUCUAACCAUCAGACAGAAGCAGAUCCAGCAAUUAUUGCCUUGCUGCUUGAAAAAACCAAUCCAUGGAUUAGUGAAAACAUAGUUUAUGUUGCUGGGGAUAGGGUUGUCACUGAUCCGCUUUGCAAGCCAUUUAGCAUGGGAAGAAACCUCAUCUGCGUAUACUCGAAAAAACAUAUGGAUGAUUACCCUGAGCUAAUUGAGAUGAAGAGGAGAUCAAAUACUCGAAGCCUCAAGGAAAUGGCCUUGCUUUUACGUGGUGGUUCACAGUUAAUUUGGAUUGCACCAAGUGGUGGUAGGGACCGGCCAGACCAUUCAACGGGAGAAUGGUACCCGGCGCCAUUCGAUUCAUCCUCAGUGGACAAUAUGAGGAGGCUUCUGGAGCAUGCUGGUGUUCCUGGGCACAUAUAUCCACUAUCAUUGCUGUGCUAUGAGAUUAUGCCUCCACCACAACAGGUCGAGAAAGAGAUUGGUGAGCAAAGGGUGAUAUCCUUCCAUGGAGUAGGCUUAUCAGUAACUGAAGAAAUAAAGUAUGGGGAUAUUACUGCUCAUACCAAGAAUGCUGAUGAGGGAAGGGAGCUAUUUGCAAAUACUUUGUACAACUCAGUUGUUAAUCAGUACAACAUUCUCAAGUCUGCUAUCUUUAGAGAUCAUGUAGGAGCUGCAUCAAACACUGCCAUCUCACUGUCACAACCAUGGAGAUGAAUGUCCAGAUUCAUUAGUGAAGUAACCUUACUUUUCAGAAGAUCAGAUGGACGGCCAUUGUGCAAUUUUGCUGGAAGAAAUUGUUGAACUUUAAACUUUGAUAUCACUGCACUUUAUUAAUCAUGGAGGAGCCCGCUACUGUCCUGCAGAAACUGGUGAUCGGUGGUUCUGCAUAUAUGGACUCCAGCAGCUGUGGCACGCUGGUCAGUCGGUCUAGCGCAAGAAUGUCGCCUCAGGUUGCACAAUAAUGUGCUGGUUGUACAUCAGGGUGCAUGCGUCGAACCUGCUUGUCGACGAGCAUGUGGAUUUGUGCGGCUGAUGUCUUAAUUUUGUUAUAUUCUGUUUCGUGUAUAUAGAUUUUGAUUUUUUUUUUUGGCUCCACAUUUGGAGAUAAAAGCAGGUUCUAAUUUUCUGCUCUUGCGCCUGAAAUCCUUGUAUGUAACCUGUCUCUUUCGUACUCAAUGGAGUCAGGAUAAAGAGGAAACAUAUCCCAUAUGACGAUUACGUGCUCUACGUGACGCUA